GCGCAUUGCAGACGACCGUGGGAUAUGUAUGUCACGUGGUAUAAAACCGUGGUAUACAAGAACUUUUAAGAGCAAAGUUUUAUGUUCACUUAAAAUGGAGCUACGUUUUUUGGUUCUACUUGGUUGUUUUGUUUCGUGUUCUUCGGUUGAUUUACAGGAAAAAACAAAAUAUGAGGAUAAAGAGUGUCAUGGUACUAGUGUGGGAUUCGGCUACAGUGGAACUUUGAGAAACCAUUACGAGAGUCUGAAAAACCGUUACCAAGGAUGCACGUUCAUUCACGGAAAUCUUGAAAUCACAAAUUUAGAUGAUCCAACUAUAGAUUACGACUUGACCUUUCUGUCGGAGAUCCGUUACGUCUCUGGGUACGUUCUGAUCGGUUUGGUGUCGGAGUUGGAUCAGAUCAAGUUUAGGAGUUUAGAGGUGAUCCGGGGUAACAGGACGUAUCGUGUACGUGGCGAUGAGUACAGUUUAAUUGUUGCUUUGACGUCUAGGUUUAACAGUCCACAUUUUGGUCUUCAGGAACUCCAUUUGCCGGCUUUAAGAGAAAUUGUUGAGGGUAAAGUGCUGUUUUUACAGAAUCCUGUGUUAUGUUAUGUAAAUACCAUAUCCUGGGAUGAAUUAACCAAAGGAUUGAACACAGUCGGAUUUAAUAAUUCGGUUCAUUAUGGAGCAAAGGCAUACUCCAACGACUGUUCAUCAUGUCCUGUAGAAUGUGAAUUCAAUGGGGUAUCAAGUUGCUGGGGAGCAAGUUCAAGUCUCUGCCGUUUAGAUUAUGGAUUGGAGUGUGAUGAUUCGUGUAAUGGUGUUUGCUUUAUGAAAGGACCAGAAGGAUGCUGUCAUGAUUUUUGUUCUGUUGGUUGUACAGGACCUACACAAUACGAUUGUCAGGUAUGUCGUGAUUUUAAGAUGGGUGACCAGUGUGUUAGCCACUGUCCAGAAAGUACCUACACUGUUAGUCAGAACUGUAUUGACUUUUAAAACAGUUGUUGGCCGCCAGCUGUGUUCACAUAUAAGCGUCAAUUUUGUUUAUAAACGUCAUAUUGUGCUAAAACCCAGUGGAGGAGAUAUUAAAUUGACUAGACCUAUUUGAUUUGAGGCAGAAAUUGUUUUGUGGAAUGACAAUUUAACUUACAGAUAAAGCCAGUGUUGAGAUAUUACCGACUGUGUGUUCCACUAUACAGUAUUGUCAGCCAUAAUUAAAUUAUAAUUAAUAAACAAGCUGACUUACCCUUAAUCUUUUUCCCCUAACCAGAUCAACGAUACUGUGAUAAGACCUAAACCAAAGAGGGGUAUUUUUUUAUUAUGUUUGGUAAAAUUGCUUUCAAUUAAAGGGUCGCUAGCGCUAUUUUCGAACUAUAUCCGGUAUAAUAGACUUUAAUUAACUACAUCCUAUUACACCCGGUAUUGUACAUUUUAAUUUAAUCUUUCAGUUUAUAUGUUGUACGAAUUGUUGUUUUCACAGAGUUUAACGGACCCUGAUUAUGUCAUCAGUGGUAGUAUUUGCAAUAAAUGAGUAUUUCUAAUGUUAAUUUUAACAUGGUAUUAUCCAAAAUUAAUUAAUCGUCGUAGACGGCUGAUGUUCAAGUUAAAUAUAAUUUGUUUUUAUCUGGCUGUAAAGUGUUUCCCCAUCAGAGUGACGGUUGUGUUGUCUGUGUUGUAUUAAUGUACUGUUUGUCUUGUUUUGGUGAGAAGUUGGGCUUUAUAUGAAAGUAAAUUUUCCAGUUUUUAAUGUGUUUUAGGUUUAUUGUAUAUGUGUUUUCUUAAUGGUUAGUGAUGAAUAAACUAUUUCUAUUAGUA